CAGGAGCAAAAAGUGUUGUGUUGGGGCGGGGUUGGGGUCUAUAACCUACCUUUUUACCAAUUUGUAUUUGUGCAAAGGAGAAAGAAGGAGACAGACAGGGCUAAAAAAGUACUAUCUGCAAACAAUUGGAAAAUAUGUUCUUUUUCCUUAGAGAGACUCAGCGCUGUCUCAGUGAAACCACUGAUACUGGCCCUGCAAGGGAGACUUCAAAAUCUUUUCGAAAGAAAUUAAUGAAAGCAAGAUCUCGGGUCAGAUUUACAAAGGAGGAGGAAGACUGUAAGACAGAGCAUAUGGAAGUAUCUUCAGUGAAAGAAAAAAGGAGACCUAUUGUUGAAACACCUGUGCUUUGUUCGCUAAGAGAACGCCUAAAGAGAAGCACUGGCUUAAAGGUGAGGUGA